AUGACGUCGUCUGCCAACCAGCAGAACCCCAUUCCGGCGACAAACACCCCUGCGACCACGGCCCCUUCUUAUGCGUCCGCUGCAGGUGCGCCCAAGAAGACAGCCCAGGCUCCUAUAGUCGCAACCGGAUCCCACCCUCCUGCGGUGGUCGGUUCAUCGUCGUCCUCCGCGCAGAAUGCGAAAGGCGCCUCGUCGUCUCCUGUGAACGGCAAGCCCGCCGUCACCCCCGCUGUCCCUGCCGUCGCUCGCGGCAGCGCCAACCUCAACGGUUCUGAUCACUCUCGCAAGAGCUCCGUCACCAUGGCUGCCAACGCCCCCAACAGCUUCGUUGCCAACGGUGGCCCCGUCGGUGGUGCCAAGUCGGGCAUCCAGUUCGGCUUCGACUCUCCCGCCAUGGCUCACAGCACUCCUCAGACCGGCAGUGCUGCUCCCAUUCCUAUCCCCGGCAACAACGCGCGAGUUCCCUCGCCUGCUCAUUCUCCCUCCCCGAUUCCUCAGCCCUCUGCCAGCGGUGGCCGACCUCCUUCCGGUCUCCAGCAGGCUAGCGGCCAAAUGACAUUUGGUAGUCUCGGUAGCGAUGGCGAGCGCCACAUGAGACAGGGCUCUGUCCCUACGAAUCCAAACUCACAGCCCGGUGCUCACUUCCGACGCGAGUCGGGACACUCUGCGCAAGGCGAAGGUGCCGGCCGAGGUAACUUUCAGCCUCAGGGUGGACGUGGCCGGGGCUAUAACCCUCAUGGCAACAAUUAUAACCAGCAGAUGGGAUACCCCCCCAACAACCAAUUCCGCAACGGUCCUGGCCAAGGUCGAGGCAUGCCUCCUGCCUUCCAACCCCAACCCCGAACCAUGUAUCCGAACUCGCCUCAACCAGCCCGAAGCCCGGCUCUCGUGCCCUCGAUGCCGAACACACCCAACAUGGCUCCUGCCAGCAUGCAGCCCAACAUGGCCAUGCAGACACCUCCUCAAUAUCACUACCCGCCUCCCAUGGCGCCUCAGCAUCAACAAGUACAGUUCCCCUUUCCCCAAGUUGAUAAGCACCCCUCCAAAAAUGCCAAGAAGAACAAGUCGCGGCGCACCGACCUGGAAAAGUCUGUUCAGGUCGGCCGCCCACAAGACUCGACUCGAGACAUGCAUGGCAACGACUUCAACCAGCGUCGGCGUUUCAGUAAACGUACAGAUCAGCCUUGGCGUGAGGACGACAUGAAGACCUGGCGUGUCUCGUCUUGCAGCUCGACAAGAAAACCCCCAGCACAUAUUCCUGUGCUUGAUCAACAGCGCCCUAUCGACUUGUCGCCAGAAGGUGGCUUCUUUGAAUACAUGCUGACUUUGAAAAACCAGAACUUCGGUUACCCCCCGCAGCCCCAGCAGGUGGACGCUUACGGACGACCUCUGUCGAUGCCCUACGCCUACAACAACAUGCCCUACAUGGCCCCUCCCCAGGCUAACUCUCCAGGUUAUAACCAGACCUUCGUUCCGCCCUACCACCAACAGAGUCACAGCAUGUCCCGAUCGCCCUCUCAGCCUGAGAGACCGUCCAGCGCGAACCAGCAAAACCAGCCUGUCAUCGUGUCCUCUACUCCUCAGCCCCAGAAGUCUUCGCUGCAACCCACGGCAAGCAGCUUUGUCAAGGUGCCUAAGAAGAGCGCCGCCAUUCAGAUCAAGAACGCUGCCGGCGAGGUGAUCGACACCUCAGCCUUCAAGACACCCUCAUCCCCCGCCCCCAGCAUCCAGCAGUCCAAGACUCCUCCCGUUGCUGCUUCCGCCCCCACACCUCCCCCCAAGUCUUCUACCCCCUCUCACGGCCGCACUGACAGCCAUGCUACUCCCAAGACUGCCAAGGAGAUCCAGGAUGAGCUGAAGGAGAAGAUCAAGCAGGCUACCCAGGCUCCCCCCAAGGAGGAGAAGCCCAAGCCUGUUGAGGAGAAGACAGUUGAGAAGCCUGCUGAGAAGCCGGUCGAGAAGCCGGCUGAGAAGCCCGCCGAGACUAAGGCCGAGCCUGCACCUGCUGUCAAGGCCGAGCCUGAGAGCAAGCCUGCCCCCGAGGAGAAGGCUCCCGAGGCUGUGCCCAAGGUUGAGGAACCAAAGGAAGAGGCCAAGAAGCCCGCCGAGCCCGUCAAGAAGGACGAGCCUGAUGAGGACGAGAUUGAGCGUAUGAUCCGUGAGAUGGAGGAGGAAGACGCUCGCCGUGAGAAGGCUGAGGAGGAGCAUCGCAAGAAGGCCGAGGCCGAGAAGGCUGCUGCCAAGGCUAAGGAGGAGAAGGACCGUGUUAAGAAUGCGGCGGAUGAAGACCGAAAGCUUCGUGAGCAGGAGCGAGAAAUGGAACGUCUCGAAGAGGAGAAGGAGAAGCGACGCCAGCAGGCCGAGUCAUCUGGCAAGCCUGCCCUGUCUGUUGCUGAUCUCCUCGCCCAGGCGCGAAGCGGCAAGGAGCCCGAGGCCGCCAAGGUUGAGUCGGUUACCGACAAGCUCGCCAGCAUGAAGAUCGGUGACAAGCCUGCUUCUGCGGCUGAACCCACGACCCAGAAGCACGAGAAGCGUGGAGCCAAGCCCGCCGCUCUGAACUUGACCCCCCUCAACACCAAGCCUGUUGAGCCCGCGCAGCCCAGCGCUGCUCUGCAGUCUCUCAAGUCGGCCCGUUUCUUGAGAGUCGACGAGCUGGCCACUUACCCAACUGGCAUCAUGUCCCCCAACCCAGCUACUAACGCCGCUGUGGCCAGGAAGGGCAAGUCGUUCAAGUACGACGCCAACUUUUUGCUCCAGUUCCAGAAGGUGUUUACUGAGCAGCCUUCUCUCGAGUUUGGCCAGCAGGUCAAGUCUCUGAUUGGCGACGGCGACCGUUCGAGGACCAACACUCCUGGCGGUGCGCGCGGCGGCUCUCAUCGUGGCGGCAAUGUCAGCGUUGGCGGUGGAUUCCCUGGCAUGGGCAACUUCAAUGCUCCUCCAGGCCGAACACUCCCUGCGGGCACCAGCUCCGACCAGCGAUUUGCGAUGUCCAACUCGGGUCGUCCUGGCUCUAUUGGUUCCUUUGGCCGCUCCAACAGUGGAUUCCCUACUGGUGGCCCCAUCCAGCGAACUUCGUCACAGGCUCACCUGCCCGGCUCUCCCCGCACUGGCUCCCGUCGCGGUGGUAGUGGCCGCCCUCGCGGUGUCGAUGCUAAGGAGGCUCAGGCUGCUAAGACCAUGCCUUUGACAGCCGGCCAAGAGCUGAAGCCCAUUGCUGUCACUGCUAACGGUUGGAAGCCGACGAGCGUGGGUGGCAAGGCCGCUGCUGGUGGUCCGGCUGGUGCCGGCGCCGCCAGUGGCUACCUCGAGCCCGAGAUGGUGCAGCGCAAGGUCAAGGCUGCUCUCAACAAGAUGACACCUGAGAAGUUCGACAAGAUUGCCGACCAGAUCCUGCUCAUUGCAUCUCAGUCCAAGGACGAGUCUGACGGCCGAACUCUCCGCCAGGUCAUUCAACUCACCUUUGAGAAGGCGACUGACGAGGCUCACUGGGCUUCCAUGUAUGCCAAGUUCUGCAAGCGUAUGCUUGAGACCAUGAGCCCUGAGGUGCGCGAUGAGCGUAUCAAGGACAAGAACGGCAACAUUGUCAGCGGCGGCAACCUCUUCCGCAAGUACCUCCUCAACAGAUGUCAGGAGGAGUUCGAGCGUGGCUGGAGUGUCAACCUUCCCGAGCCUAAGGAGGCCGAGGACCAGGAUGGCAAGAAGGCUGGCGAGGCUGCUCUCAUGUCUGACGAGUACUAUGCCGCCGCUGCUGCCAAGCGACGCGGUCUUGGUCUUGUUCAGUUCAUUGGUGAGCUGUACAAGCUGGGCAUGCUUACUGAGCGAAUCAUGCACGAGUGUGUGCACAAGCUCGUCGACUAUAACGGGGUGCCUGACGAGGCUGAGAUUGAGUCGCUUAGCAAGCUGCUCCGCACCAUUGGUGCCAACCUCGACUCUACUGAGAAGGGCCGCCCGAUGAUGGACGCCUACUUCCAGCGCAUCCAGACUAUGAUGGACAUGCCCGAGCUUCCCAGCCGACUCAAGUUCAUGCUCAUGGAUGUCAUCGAUCUCCGAAGGGCCAACUGGGUUUCCAAGGAGACUAACAAGGGUCCCAAGACUCUGGAUGAGGUGCGAGCCGAGGCCGAGGCGGCUCAAGCUGCCAAGGCACAGGAGGCUGCCCGCAGCAACCAGCGAGGUGGUGGUCGUCCCCCAGCUGGACGAGGCGAUGCUCGCAACUUCUCAUCUGGUUACGGUGGCCAGACCAGCAACCAGGUCGGUAUGGACGACCUGCGCCGUCUGAAGGGCUCGGCCAACCGAACCUCGAGCGGCCCCAUCUCUCUUGGUCCCGCCUCGAUGCUGUCGUCGCGCAGCAACAGCGGCCGACGUAUGGGCCCUGGUGGCUACCUCGGCCGACCUGGCGAGGACUCGGGUGCCUCGUCGCGUACUGGCACUCCUCCCACUCGGGAGAACACAUCACACUCUAAUACCUUCAGCCUUCUUGCAAACAUGGAUAAUGACCACCCAGCCUCGCCCCCGUCUACGUCUGCCUCGCCCGCCAUGUCCAAGGCUGUCCCUGCCGACAGCGACAAGAAGGAGAGCGAGUAA